CUUUCGAGCGAGCAAUAUCAUCAUGAGCUAUAGAAAUUGCUUGGUUUUCUUGCUCUUUGCAUUGCUUGCUCCGUCGCUGAUAAAAUCCUCUGGGGAUCUGAAUCGUUAUCGAUUGUUUUUGCAAUCAGAUCAGGCCUUACAAACCAUUAGCGAUCAGCUAAUUUUACUGGCCACUGAACUGGUGGACAAUGUCGUAGAAGAUCUCCUCGUCUUGGAUUCCCAGAACUCCAUUGUCUUGGGCUACCUAGAUCGCUUCGAUGCCUUUACAGCCGUAAAUGCAAAUCGUACAGAGCAAAAGCUGAGUUCUUUUUACGGCGUGGUUGAGGACUAUCUCGAUUCCGACACAACAGGGGAUCCUCUGAGAACAUCCAGCAUUGAGACCCAGUUGAUUGCCCUUUGCCUGCAGCGCAACGGAUUCGAUCGAUGGAAGCGAACUGUUCAGACCAGAACUGCCCAGCUGCAGAAGUUGAUAUACAGAAAGCUGAGAAAACACCUGGAAACCAUUGACAGGGAGGACCGGGUGGCGGUGGAGCGCAGGUGGAAGCGGAUUCUUACUCGUGGCGGACCCCGAAGACUGGAGAAGCUGAGGGAGUUCGUCAAAUGGCUGGGCAAAUUCAGAGAUUAGCGACAGACAGGCCUGGGCUAACCACCUUUUGGGCUAUAAGAUAUGACACAAAGUGAUAAGAAGAGCUAUAAACUGAAUAAACAGUAUGGGUGGGAACAUUCAAAAACUAUUCGUGGUUUAAUUAUAACCGACCAUGACCUUGAGUUUGCGAAACAUGUGCUUGCUAUAGAUAAAAUCGUAAUAAAAAUUAUUUAUAUAAUCAAAAAACCCUAUUAACAAAAA